CACACUUGCGGCAUGCGCCAGUGAAGCUGCGGCGACAGACACAAUCUCUCAACGAACCCUCCUCUGAUUUCCUCGCCGACUAGGAACCACCCCGCCUCAUCAUCGCGCCCGCCUGCUCGAGAUCGCAGCAGUAUUUCCCAACAAUUCAGGACUUCCGGCGAAGUGCAACGAUUGUUUCGGCAUUCUCCAUUCGUGUGGCCUAGCGUGCGGCCUCGACUUCAUCGCCCACAAAGAUCGUAGCAUAUUUGACGGGCUCCUGACGCACGCCAGUGGAAGCCAUCUUCAGGAGGUCUAAACGAGCCAGUUCACCAUCGCCCCCACCUCUGCGUACUAUCGCUGCGUCUGGUCCUCCCUUGGCGUCGCGUAACGGUCGAGGCCCUGCCUCGUGCUCAACUUUGUGUCGGCAGGCUGCCUGAUGCCCGACCAGUCGGCCCCCUGGCUGCGCUGGCUUGUCGGCAUGGGGGAACGACGGAGACUUGGCGAUGUCGCCAUGGACGUGUUGCUCUUUGCAGGCAUGAUGACAGCCGGCCUUUAUGUAGCCCGUAACUUCCUCAACCCAAUAUUGAGCAACCUGGCGGAUCCAGAAAAAGAGAAACAUGAGCAGGCGCGACGUCAAGCCAAGGCUCAUUUAGAGCGACUAAAUCGCCAGCGAAGCCUAGAACAAGAUGAGGACGACGGAGCUGACGGCUCAAGGAGAGGGCCGCGUGUCGAGGAGCUCGUCCUCAACGAAUAUGAGAACCUGAUCGCGUUAGAGAUGGUGGCGCCCCAGGAUAUCCAUGUCGGGUUUGACGAUAUCGGAGGCCUCGAACUUAUCAUCGAAGAGCUCAAGGAGUCGGUCAUUUACCCACUAACGAUGCCCCAUCUCUAUUCUCAUGCUGCGCCGCUGCUCUCGGCCCCUUCAGGAGUCUUAUUGUUUGGCCCUCCGGGAUGUGGCAAGACGAUGCUCGCCAAAGCCUUGGCUCACGAAAGUGGUGCCUCGUUCAUCAACUUGCACAUCUCGACAAUGACGGAGAAGUGGUAUGGCGAUUCCAACAAGAUUGUCCGCGCCGUUUUCUCGUUGGCCCGGAAGAUGCAGCCCGCCAUCAUCUUCAUUGACGAGAUUGACGCGGUGCUGGGCACGCGACGCAGCGGGGAGCAUGAAGCCAGCGGCAUGGUCAAAGCUGAGUUCAUGACUCUGUGGGACGGACUGACAUCGGCGAACGCGUCGGGCAUGCCGGCACAAAUCGUUGUUCUAGGGGCGACAAACCGAAUCAAUGACAUUGAUGAGGCCAUCCUGAGGCGCAUGCCGAAGAAGUUUCCAGUGCCCCUGCCGGGCCAGGAGCAGCGCCGCCGCAUCCUGCAACUCAUCCUGCAGGACACGAGAACUGACCCCGAGGAUUUCGAUCUCAACUACGUCGCCAAAAUCACGGCGGGAAUGUCCGGAAGCGACAUCAAAGAGGCGUGCCGGGACGCGGCUAUGGCACCUGUCCGAGAGUAUAUGCGGCAGCACCGGGCAGAAGGUCGGCGCAUGGCGGCCGUGGACGCGUCGCAGAUUCGCGGCGUUAGGACGGACGAUUUUUACGGACGACGGGGUGGGCAGGCACCGGCUCGCGUUCCGGACACGAAGAGGCCAGCACAGGCAGCUCCUAGAGAGAAAAACUCGAGCGACGAGUACGAAGACGUGGAUGAGCCAAUUGCGGAGGAGCAGGACUAGGAUGGACAGGCACGCAAGAGUGAAGCAGGGUCGCGGGCAAUGCAGGGGGGUAAAAUCACUGCACAUGCCCUUUGUGAGGGCCAGCGAUCCUACGUGCGAGCUACAAUACGGCACAGUACAGCACAGCAUAAGGUAGUGAUCAAUAAAGACGUGCCAAGAUGGAUUGUGCCUUUACUGCGCCAGUUCUGCCGGCCAACGGGUCAUGAACCCGUGCCAUCGAAGAUGCUGUGCACUCAGGAGGUAUGCAUGUGCAGCACCGAC